AUGGGUAGUUUCAAAGGUUCUAUGCCAUUUGGCGAAGGUGGAGAAUCGGGGAACAGUAUGGAAUUUUGCCCCUGGAAGGCCAUUCGUAGUUAUCCAUAUGUCCACGGUAACAAACGAGAUGAAGAAGUAGUAGGGGAGACCUUUAAUUUGGCGUUAUUCGAGAAGCGCGCCUGGGAUAUCUACUAUCUGUCUGACCCAAGCGACUUUGGGAGGGAUCCUCUUAUUUUAGUUCCUAGUUCCCAGGUUAAGGACUUCCUUUGUAGCGUCAGUAACCAACUGGAGGUGACGCUCCCCAUCCCAAAGGGUCAGGCGGGAGAGAAAUUCUCCCUUGCCUUUGGAAAUUGGGGGAUGCCUCUUCCUCGCUUUUUAGGGUUUGCCCGGAGCCUCGAUGAUCUAGAGCGGCUCAAAAGCCAAGCUAAAGCAUUCCCCAAAGAUGAUCUAACAGGCUUGAGUGCGGCUGCUUUGGAAGUUUUCAAGAAUAGGAUGGACGAAAUACAUAAUUCCAUCAAAUCAGGGAAGAAAAAGAAGAACCCUGAAGUGACGAAGAUUAAGAGAGUCGAGCGCCAGAAGGGUUAUGGGCGAAUGAUCAAGCGGGCACAGAGAUACCUCGGAUUUCUUCCAGGACACGUUGAGGUUGAGUAUGGACUCAGUUCAGGUGUAUCGGCCGCGGGCUGGGAUGUGAACAAGCCAGUCCCAUUCCAGACGAAGGAUUCGGUGCGAUUUGUCUGUGUCGACGUUGAAGCAUGGGAGAGAUCUAGGCAUGUUAUUACUGAAGUAGGCUUCGCAGUCCUCGACACCAAGGACACAAUGCGCGUCUCGCCUGGAAAGAACGGUUGCAACUGGUUUAAAUUGAUCAUGUCCCAUCAUUUUGUAAUCAGAGAGCACGCGGACAAGAUCAAUUCGAUGUAUGUCCAAGGGUGUCCUCACUUAUUCGGUUUCGGAAUUUCCGAAUACGUCUAUUCUAAGGACAUUGCCCGGAUUGUUGGUAAUAUUAUCGGAGACGCAGAAUCCGAUGAUAAACGGCCAGUCAUCAUGGUCGGGCACGACAUGGUCCAAGAUCUUAACUAUCUCGCGAAAGUUGGCUUCAAUAUUUGGCGAGUACCACAGUUCACAGACGAGAUAGAUACCAAGUCGAUGUUCCAACGUAUUCAGAAGUCAGCUAAUGGCCGUAGCCUCUCAAGCAUUUGCGAGGAGCUAGGGAUAUCGGGAUGUAACUUCCACAACGCAGGGAAUGAUGCGACGUACACACUCCGUGCCAUGAUUGCUAUGGUAGUUCAACAAGCGGCAAAGGCACAUCCGAAACAAGGGUAUAUCAAUGCUAUUGAGCUGGGGUAA